CACGCGAAUGACCAGUGUUACGUGUGUCGAGUGACGUCACAGUGCAGCUGUUCUCUGAUGACGGCUGAUCGCCCAAGCGUCGCAGACGUUCUCCUAGGCCGUGCGCGCGUGCGUGCGCGAGGUUGUUUUUGCACACGGAGUCCUUCAAGACGAGCGUGCCUGCCACCGCGCACGCUGCACACGGCAGCACUCGCGCGAACCGAGCGGGACCCGAUGAGCCAGCAGUGACGGACGGCGGCCGAGCUCCGUGCGGGUCACCGGGAGGCGAGGGGGCCACUCGGCUUGGCUUGGCUUGGCUCAGCUGAGCUCGGCUCAGCUCGGCUCUUGAAUGCCCGGACGCCGACGCUCUUCCACGGGGGACUUUGGCUUGUCGUCAUGGUUCUUGGCAAAGUUCGGGCGGUGGCCGUGUGCUUCGACACACUGAACGAGAGCAACCGGGCGGUGUUCUCCGGGGGGGAGCUGGUGUCCGGCCGCGUAGUGGUGGAGGUGACCGGGGACGUGCGCGUCCGCAGCCUAGACGUGACAGCGCGCGGCGUGGCCAAGGUCCGCUGGACCGAAUCCCGCAACACCGGAGCCAACACGGCCUACACGCAGAACUACAACGAGGAGGUGGAGUACCUGCACCACCGGGACACCCUCAUCGGCGAGGAGCGAGAUGACGACGUGGCGAACCGAGGCGGCGUCACCGUGCUGCGCGGCGGCGGCGUGCACGAGUUUGCCUUCAGCUUCCACCUGCCGCAGAUGGCGCUGGCGACGUCGUUUGAGGGCAAACACGGCAGCGUCAGGUACUGGGUGAAGGCGGAGCUACAGCGACCGUGGAUGCUACCCGUCAAGGUCAAGAAGGAGUUUGUGGUCUUUGAGCACAUCGACAUCAACACGCCCCUGCUGCUGGCUCCUCAGGCUGGCAGCAAGGAGAAGACUUUGUGCUGCUGGUUCUGUGCGUCAGGUCCCAUCUCACUCAGCGUCAAAGUGGCUCGCAAGGGCUACACGCCAGGCGACUCCAUCCAGAUCUUUGCUGAGGUGGAGAACUGCUCCACCCGAGUGGUGGUGCCCAAAGCGGCGCUGUACCAGACGCAGACCUUCUUCGCCAAAGGCAAAGGCAAAGAGAUUCAGCAGCUGGUGUCCAACCUGCAAGGGGAAGCCCUGGCGCAGGGCAAGAGUCAAAGCUGGGAGGGAAGGAUGCUCAAGAUCCCGCCUGUGUCGCCGUCCAUCCUGGACUGCCCCAUCAUACGCGUGGAGUACGCCCUCGUGGUGUACGUGGACAUUCCGGGCGGUCUCAACUUGUCACUCUCGUUACCGUUGGUAAUCGGGACCAUCCCGUUACACACCGCUGCCUCCCGAACGUCCAGCAUCAGCAGUCAUGGUAGCGCCUCCAGCUGGAUGGGCGUGGCAGAGCACCCUGAGACUCCCCCCAGCUACGGCGAGCUGGCCAUCCCAGAGUCACACCGCCGUCACUUCCUGCACGCUGUCCACGAGCAGGAGCAGGAGCAACACGCCAGCGCCGCGCUGCUUACGUACAUCGCGGAGUUCCGAUACCUCCCGCCUCCGCUCUACGCCGAGGUGGACCCGUAUCCCGUGCCGGUGGAGCCCGGCAGCCCCGACACGUGCCUGUCACGCUGAAGAGGUAGACUGCAUCCGCCUGAUUGGUAGAUGGUCCUAUGUGACGCCGCCCACUUGCCACCUUCUUCUUGGAAGCUCUUUGCACACAUUUGCAAAAGCACCACCCGAGACCGCCAAGACGCCCUCUGCUCUGCUCUGCUCUGAUCUGAUCUGAUCCGAUCUGAUCCGUUCUCUCCUGUCCCCCAGCUCACAAGCGUCCGUCCCUCCCCUCGUUUGGAUGGGAAAUCACGCGUGUGCUGGAAAACAAGAAUGUGUGCGUGUUUUCUAAAAGCACACAGAGCAAGUUCAAAGUGGCCUGUUUUGACAUUUGCUGAAAGCUAAACAUGAUUAUUCUGAGAAGACUUUUAUUACGAUGAGCGCAUUCCGUGUCUGAUGUGCAAAAUGUUUACAAAAGAAUUUGGUCACACGUCCUUCAAAGUUUGGGAGCUGACUCAAGUGCAAUACCUUUUCAUAUUUUUUUUAUAAUUGUCCUUUUCCAUAGCUGUUGUGAUGAUGUUCUUGUCACUUUUGAUAAAGACAAAUAAAGUUUGAUUUGAUAAAAGC